AUGAAAUCCACCGAGAAAGCUGCCGACUGUCCGUUCUGUGCCACUCAGUUCAGCCAUCGAUCCUCGCUAAUCCGCCACCUAAAGAACAACUGUAAUAAAUCGCAACAUACUUUGAGACGCAAGUCCUGUGAUCAGUGUGUCGCGGAUAAAGCAAGAUGCAACCUCAAACGUCCUAAUUGCUCUCGGUGUUCUGUGCGAAGCAUAUCUUGUCAAUAUACCAGCGCGAAUGCAACCGAUACCCCCGAAGUCGAGAAUAGCGAGCUCAGAAUCAACAACGACACCACAAGCGCUCCUUUACCAGACACAUCGUUGAUGACCCAGCCACCAGUGCUACAAUCAAUUUUUGAUCCUAAUUUAUUUGAUUCUUUUUUCUCGAGUCUAGCUCCCUGGGAUCUGACACAACCCACGAGUCUUGCUUUACGUUCUCCACAAGCAGCCAGCGCAGAGUUCUUUUCGUUAAAUACCAGCAGUGGAUGUGACACGCCAGAGUUAGUCCGAGCUAACUCUCUUCCAACUCCUCAGUCCGGUUCGCCGGAUACAAAUUCCAUUGCCCUCGCAAAUCAUAGCAUGGAACUUAUCUUCCGAGUUCUUCGAACUUGGCCAACAAUGCUCGCCGAAGAGUUUCAACUUCCUCCUUUAUUCCACUUUACCCAGGUUGCACCAAAUAAACUACUACCAUCGCCACUAGCGAACUGCAUAACCCUAACCAAAAUGUGGCAUGGGCAAUGUGAAGGCGCGGAGGAGAUGGUGCGGGAAACAAUUUUAAAAGAACUAGACAGCAUCGUGGAUAAGUCUCAGCGACUUGACGAGACAACCCUGUUGGCAGCCCUACAAGCAGUGGUCAUAUACACCAUCAUUCUGAUCUCUCCAUCAGCGAGGGCGCCGCAGCCCCUAAACGACCACAACAUCAUCUUUCGAAAAGUAGAGCUCCUGGUCUAUCAUGUCGUCCACGCAGGUCUAUUCCUCCAGGAAGAACGAACACAAAUGAGACCAUCGUGGGAGGCCUGGGUGCACGUAACGUCGAAGCGCCGCGCAGUCCUUGCCUUAUAUCUUCUCCACUGGGCAUACUCGGUGUUGCAUAAGGUGCCAUGUUUCGACUGCAGAGAUCUCGGAUUCAUGCCUGCGCCAGCGGCAAAGGUCCUUUGGCAGGCGCACACAGAAGAACAGUGGAACACUCUUUAUAUCCACUGGCUCUCACGGUGGAGUGGUCGGGGGUAUCUGCAAGCGGAAUUUGGUAAAAUCAGACCAGGCGUCGUCAUGGAUUCGAGGGCGGAAAGGUGGUUGGAAGAAGCUGAUGAGUUUGGCUUCGUCAUGAUAUCGAUUGUCAACGCUACUGAGUUUGAACCGCCGUCGCUGAAGCCAUUAGCUUGUUGA